AUGGCUCAAAGCAAAGAAAAUAUAGUGUUGUUCCCAUUCAUGGCACAAGGUCAUAUAUUGCCUUUCUUGGCAUUAGCCCAUCAAUUAGAGCAAAGAAACAAUUACAACAUAAUCUUCAUCAAUACCCCUCUAAACACCAAGAAAAUCAAGUCAUCUCUCCUUCCAAACUCCUCCAUUCGCCUUCUCGAAAUCCCUUUCGAUAGCUCUAAACAUGGUCUCCCUCCAAACUCUGAAAACACCGAUACCCUUCCUUUCUCUCUUAUGGUUCAACUCCUCCAAACUUCUCACUCUUUCAAGCCUGCCUUUCAGAAACUAUUUUUCAAUCUUGUGCAAGAGCUAGGCCACCCACCGCUUUGUCUAAUAGUUGACCUGUUCUUUUCAUGGACUGCUGAGAUUGCUCAUGAGUUUGGUGUAUUCCAUGCAAUCUUUAAUGCUGGUGGGGGUUAUGGCAUGGCUUGCUAUCACUCUCUCUGGUCAAAUUUACCUAGCAUGAACACGCCGUUUGAUGAGUUUUCACUUCCUGGUUUUCCUAGAGGUUCUCUGAUUCGUACCAAUCAGAUUCCUGAAAACAUUAGAGUUUCAAAGAUUACUGAUCCUUGGACGGUUUUUCACCACAAAAUGUUCAAUGAAUGGCUGGAUUCUGAUGCAUUUUUGUUCAACACAGUGGAGAUGUUUGAUCAUGUUGGAUUGAACUAUUUCAGGCGACAAGUGAACCUCCCGGUAUGGCCUAUAGGUCCUGUUCUUUUAUCAACAAAAACUGAAUCUCGAGGUGGGAGAGAAUCAGGUAUCAAAUGGGAACUUAUCAAGAAAUGGCUUGAUACAAAACCUUCAAGCUCAGUUUUAUACAUAUCUUUUGGGUCUCAAAGCACAAUCCUUGCAUCACAGAUGAUGCAGUUGGCCUUGUCAUUGGAUGCUAGUGGCAAGAAUUUCAUUUGGGUUGUUAGGCCUCCAAAAGAGUUUGACAUAAACUCUGAAUUCAGGGCCAAUGAGUGGCUACCAAACGAUUUCAAAGAACGGAUCAGAAGCAAAAACCAAGGACUGUUGGUGCACAGUUGGUCACCCCAAUUGAAGAUCUUGUCCCAUAAAGCUACAUCAGCAUUUCUAAGCCAUUGUGGAUGGAACUCAGUUAUUGAAUCACUUAGCAAUGGUGUGCCAUUAUUAGCUUGGCCAAUUAUGGCUGAGCAACAUUUCAAUGCAAAGAUGUUAGAGGAAGAGGCGGGAGUCUGUGUUCAGGUGGCUGAAGGAUUGUGUGAGGUUAAACAUGAAGAAAUAUUGGAAAAGAUUGAGCUAGUGAUGAAUGAGACAGAUAAAGGGAAGGAUAUGAGAAGAAAAGCUAGUGAAGUCAAGGAGGAUAUUAACAAUGCCAUCAGAGACGAGGAAGGUCUCAAAGGAUCUUCUGUUAAAGCCUUGGAUGAGUUUUUGCAUGCUGCAGUAGUGUCAAGAAGGGUAAGGCAAGGGAUAUAA